AUGUUACAUUUACAACCUCAGAAUAUUCUUAUCCAAAAGACGUUAAGUGAGGCGUUUGAUGCCUUGAAUAAAGGUACGUCGUUAACACUUGAUAGGAUUAUUUCAGAUUUUGACUAUACUACAUUCCACGUUUCCAAUUCACCUGAAGAUAAAUCAAUUCUUUUACUGAGUAUUAGAACUAAAGCAUGGCAAUCAGUGCAAAAAUGUCAGGGAUCUAUUGGACUCCUUGACUAUUUACAAUCUAAAUACCAGGGUUGCUCAGGUGCUGCCAUUUCACCACAACCUGAAAUGGGAUACGAUUUAACUUUACAAAUUACCCUAAGCCAAUUGACUGGUGAAUCACUUGUUCAGCUAUCACUCUUAAAGACGAUUGUGCUAUCCUAUCCAUUCCAAUUAGCCUUUGACGAAUUUGCUCAAUUGAGUUCGACUCCAGUUCCAGUUGAAGGAACACCACCAGUCUCCAACACUUUACAUACGGUACAAUACCGUGAUGAAGAAAGUCUUUUCAUUAAACCCGCAAGUGAUCGUAUCACAGUUAUAUUUGAGACUUCUUUCCAAGAUGAAACUGACAAAAUUUUUGGUAAAGUCUUCUUACAGGAAUUCGUUGAUGCUCGUAAGCGUAACAGAUCAAUCCAAUCAGCACCACAAGUUUUAUUCUCUCAUGAACCACCGCUAGAAUUACAACAUCAAAUUCAACCUCGUUCUGAUCCAAGUAAAAGAUUUGUUACAUUUGUUCUUUUCCCACGUCAUUUUCAAACCCAAGAACUACAAUUCAACAGUGUUGCUCAAUUGAUACUGUUUAGAAAUUACUUCCACUAUCAUAUCAAAUGUUCAAAGGCCUACAUGCAUUCAAGAAUGAGGUUUAGGGUCGAUUCUUUCAUUAAAGUGUUAAACAGAGCUAAGGUCGAUGAAGAAGACGAUUCGAAGGGAGAUUCCUCAGUUCAUGCUCAACCAACUAGAAGAACAAUUACAGGUAGGAAAAUGGUCUAUUAG